GCAAAGUUUCGAGGAUUUCAUAUAAUUAAAGAUCAUAUGCAAUGUGAUAAUGAUAUUAUAAGGUGCAGAACUUUUAUAUGCGAUCAUGGUCAUGUAUAUAAAUCAAACUCAAUGAAGGACACAAAUACGAAAAAGAUACAAUAUCCUUUUUUAAUUAAUACCUCCUGUUCUAAAAUAAAUAACUCUGAAUUUUUCAUAGUUAUUAAUAAAAUUGUUGAAAGUCAUAACCAUUCUUUAAAUCCAAAAAAAAUCGAAUUUGAAGAUAACAAAAGAUUUACUGAAGAGAUGUUAGAGGAUAUAAAGUUUAUAACUAUGUUUUGUAAGUUUGGAGCUACAUCUCAACACAAAUUUCUCGAAGGAAAAUACCCUACACAACCAAUUUAUUCAAAAGAUUUAUAUGCUGCUAUACAAAAAUUUCGCCCCAAUAGUAAAACAUUAUCUAAUGAUGCUGCACAGAUCUCAAAUUGGCUUGAUCAAAAGAAGAAUGAAGAUUCGCGUUGGUUUGUUGCUCAUGAUUGGGAUGACAAUAAUACUUUAACUCACUUGUUCUAG